AUGGUGUCUGUCGAGGCCUUUGCGCCGCUUUACAGCGACUACCUCCCGGCCCUCCUCACCCCGGUCCACGGCCUCUUCUGCCCCAUUGGUGUGCUUGAUGUGUACGGUGCGAUCCGUCUCAGCGUCGCCGUCAACUGGAUCGCAAGCGAUACCAAGGGCAAGCCCCGUGCGAGCGCCCUCCAGGAGCUGUUCGGCAUCAUGGUCGUGCUCUACGGCGGCGAGACCUUCAUCGGAUGCUGCACUGGCCAGCCCCCCAGCUGGCUCAUCAACCCCAGCCUCGGCCUCGUCUUUGGCGCUAUCCACCUCCUCCUCACCCGCACUCCUCUCCACGGCCUCCUCCCAACCAAGCCCAGCUUUGGCACCGAGCUCGCCCUCGCCGUCCCCGACGCUAUCGGUCGUACCCUCCUGCUGACCCGCUUCUCCGUCGUGCCCCUCCUGCACCCGACCUCGCCCAAGACCCUCCCCGCGACCCCCAGCACGCUCCUGCUCGUCCCCUUCAUCAUGGCCGUGCCCUUUGCCGCUGUCGUCUUUUCGGGUACGCAGCUGUUCUCGCCGGCCAUCACGCUGCAGACCCCCAACGAGCUGCGCCCCUGGGGCUGGACUGCGCUGGACGCAUGGAUCCCCUUUGUGCUGCCCUCGCUGUUCCUCUCGCUCAUCGCCCCCGUCAAGGGCUGGCCUUUCAGCCUCGGCACCGACUACUCCGAGGACGCGGCCAUUGUGGUCUGUGCGGCGUUGAACAUUGUCUUCUUCGUCUCGCGCGCGUACUACAACCACGCGCCCAAGGCUGCCAAGUCGCCCAAGGCCAAGAAGGUCAAGAAGCAGUAG